AUCUCGAACUCUUUGUUUUCAUUACAGGACUCUGGCCAAGACAUCACCAACCGCGUGUUCCAGGGCUGCGGCAGACCCACUCUGAGACGAGCCAAGCGUUCCGUUCACCCCAAGCUCCAGGCAGUCCAGGAACUCCAUGUGGAGAGCCCCGCCGAGGCUGACACCCUGGACAUAGACGCCACAUUGGAUGAGGCGAUUGUGCUGCGAGAGCGGAGAGCUGCAGAGCCAGGCUCCCAGGAAAGCUCAGUCUCACAGCAGUCCCAGGAGCAGGGCGUGGGCAAGAAUGGUGGAAACAAUGGUGGAGCUGGAGGCGGAGGAGGAGGAGGAGGUGGCGGUGGCAACAACCGUCGCCAACAGCAGCGUCGGAAGCAACAACAGCAGCAGCGACGCAAGCAGCAGAACAACCGCAACGACAACGACGACGAUGAGAACGAGAGCGGAGGCGGCGGACGCGAGCCGAUACUGGACAGGAUCGUGCGGGACAUUCGGCAGCGGGUGAAGGAAUACAAGAAGUUCUGGUCGAAUCUACCGCACUCCAUAUGCAGCAAUGAGGACAUAGCUGCCAGCUCCGAUGUGGAUGUUUUGUGCUGGAAUGGACACACCAUCGAUAGAUAUAUGCACUCGAUCACAACGGAGCACGGCUCCAACCCGGAGUUCAGUGGCAACCCGGCCAACACCCGGCAAACGGCGCAGAUGUCCUCGCAGCUGUUCCACCUGAAGAACGCCGUCAGCCACCUGCGCAAUGCCUACAACGGUCAGGACGUGGAGUGGAGUGAACAGGAAGAGCCGUAUUUGGGCAGUGGACCUGGUUCGGGUUCCGGUUCAGAGGACGACGAGGACGAUGACGAGGGCUCUGGCCUGGGUCCUUUCGAGCCGAGCCACAAACCCGAUGUGGACCGACCCUCGGUGGAUGCCGACAACGAUGACGACGAGGAUGGCCAUCCUCAGAUUCCCACACACACAUCCCGGCCGAAUGUGGACGAGAAGAACCCCUUGGUCCAUCCCACGCACUUCGAUCAUAACGAUCUCGACGAUGAUCAGCAUGGUGAGGGCGACGACGACGACGAUGAGCUGGAGGGAGGGCAUGGCGACGGCGAUUCGAAUGCCGAUGGCGACGCCACUCGCUCGUCCAGUGCACCGGAGAAGAUGACGCUACGUCGCGCUCUGGUUGUCUAUUUGCUGCCUCUCUAUAUGGCGUGGCUCGGUGGCGUCUGCGCCGAUUUGCUGUGAUUAAUCAAUGUGCGACCUCGCAACCUGGAGCUCCCGCCUCCCGCCCCCACACCACACCUCUCAGUCAUUCAUCCGUGAAACAAAAAACAAAAGAAAACGUUAUUAGGAGAACUACAACUUUAUAUACGAAAUGCGAGUCCAAAAUUUUAUAAAAACUUUUGAUGGAAGCAAUCAAAAUGCAAUCAAUCGGGAUAGGAUUAGGUGUAGGCGUAAGCGUGCC